AUGUCAGAUUCUGACACAGAAAAUACCAAACCACACUCUGCCGAUACUAUGGCAGAUUUUGCGGCACAAUUUGCCGAAUUCAUGAAGUUCAUGAAUAAAACCGGAAACAAACCAGAAAACCCUCCAAAACAGUCACCACAAAACCUGGAGUCUUUGGGAGAAAUCCGCUUAGAAGACAAACUCAAUGGGGAUAAUUAUCCCCUUUGGAUAAAUCUGAUGGAACGAGCUAUAGGUGGAAAGGGACUGAUUUCUCACAUUUCUGGAGGAUCAGAACCCCCCACCGCCAACGAUCCCGGCUACGCGAUAUGGCAACAACGGGAUCAUUGUUGCUUCAAUUGGAUCAUCAACAACAUUGAAUCCAGUUUGAGGAAUGAAGUUUCACAGUAUAAAACAGCCCGAGACCUAUGGGAAGGUCUGGCAAUCACCUAUGGAAGUGGAGCUGACCCCUUUCAAGUACAUGAUCUACACAGGCAGGCGAUGACAAUUAAACAAGGAGAUAUGAGCCUGGAAUCCCUCUGGAAUAAAUUCCAGGACCUAUGGAUCUCAAUAGAUGCAAGAGAUCCUAAUCCCAUGGAAAGCCCCAAAAGCAUCGAGAAGUACAACAAACAUACACAGAGGCAUCGACUCUACCAAUUCAUAUGGGCUUUAGACGACAAAUACGACAAGAUCAGACGGGAAAUACUAAAUACAGAUCCGUUACCAUCUGUUCGCAGAGCAUAUGGUAUGGUGAGAAGGGAAGCUGUCAAUGAGAAGGUUCUCAAACCCGAACCAGACUCAUCUGGAAUCGCAGCCGGCCUGGGAGCUUUCCACAGAAACCGCCCAACUCCAGCGGCGCAAACCCCACCGGAAAUCUGCACACCAUUCCCACCAAAUUGA